AUGGCUACAAGCUCAUCGCCCGCUCUUGCUGAUCAUGUUUUGGCAUGUCUGCAUGGAUUCAAACUUCUCUAUGAUGCACCCCAUAUUUGGGAAAAUGCCCUCCAAAAGGACGCAUCUCAGCGUGGUGAUACAGAACAAAUGUCUUUACUGAAGCUCAAGGAUGAGCAGAGCAGAUUCAUGGUUUGGGUUGGGAACAUUGGCGCACAUCGAAACGGCUGCAAUUCCUUGGACCAUCGGCUCCAAGAUGCGUCAAAUAUCCGGGACCAUAUUAUACAGAUCCUUCUUGAUCUGAUCGAACUGCUCGGCGACACAAAGGAGAUACUUGAGGGGAAACCAGCUCCCAGUCACCAGCACCAACCGUCUCUGGACAUGUUGAACGAUGACCCAGAUGAUGACAGCUUUCCACUCGUAGGCCUUUCGGGUGCAUCAGAGUUACCACAGAUUUUAAUCAGUAUUGCUGAGAGCAUAAACUGCCUUUUCCGACUCUCCGUGUCCAUAAAUAACCCUUUCCCUCAUGAUCGUCUCACGGAUGUAUCGUCAGCAGAUACUUCAUACUUCGAGUCCUUUGACAUCGACCAUGUCCGUAAAACUUUCUCCACAGCUUCGGACGCAAUUAUCGAGAGGCUCGGCAAAGCAAACUCUCGUAGGCGUCAAGAGGGCGCCUCAUCAUCACCACAGGGGUUCAAUUUGACAGACUUCUUUCCUUCAGAGCUCCAAGAAUCUGACACGGAGCCUUCGAUAUCAAGGACUUCGUACGCGACGUCUGAUACAAUCCCAGGACAGCAAAAGGUUCCAGACCUUCCAGCAGGGGCUCGAGAUGGGUCUUUCGAAUGCCCUUUCUGUUUCCUGAUGAUAUCAGCGCCAUCAGAGGCCCUAUGGAAAAAGCAUGUAUUCUCAGACUUAUGUCCAUACAUAUGCGUGGAACUUGAAUGUCCGGCCCCGGACCAAGAUUUCCAACAUCGCCACCAAUGGAUAGACCACAUGCGGAAACACCACUGGAGAUCAUGGGCCUGCUGCCUUGGAUGUGAUAAUUCAUUCACUUCUUUGGAAGGCAUGGUAGCUCAUCUGACACAAGUACACUCUGUAGCCGUGACAUCGGCUAAUUUCAAGGGUCUGCUUAGUAUUUGCGAGAAACCAAAACCCACUGAAGAUAGUGCAGAGUGCCCUUUGUGUAAGGAGACACUUGAAAGCUUCGACCAAUACCAAAGACAUAUAGCUCACCAUCAGGAAGACUUGGCUCUGUUCACACUACCUCAACACUCCUUGAACGAUGACGAAAGUAGCGAUGAUGUUGAGGAUGAUGAGCAGACGGAGGCUAUGCAAUGGGAAACUGGUGGGGAAGACAAACUUGAAGCGCAAGACAUACCCCUCGAGACUCCUAGCGGGAUUAUCCUGGGAGACCAAAAAUCUUUGUCGGAUGAUUCUUCAACAGGGACGUAUGCAAGGAAAGUGAACCAGCAUCUCGAAUCAGAAGCGAUCAAGUCAUGGAUCGGACAGCCCGCAGAGUUACCUGAUGUCUGGGCAGCGCAAGGCACGGAGACUCCCUCAGAUAUAAGGGCCCGAUUGACGCUUAGUAACCUGGAUCGUCUACGUUCUGAGAAGGGUACGACUCCCUCGGAUAAAAGGGCCCAAAGACCCGGGACUGUCACAAGCCCUCUUACAUCCAAUCUCCCCCACCCUUCCAGGGAACGCAGGAUAAAAAGCGCAAUAGAAUUAAUCACAGUGAAGCUCAGUUCUGGUAGUUAG